CACGAUAGUAUUGAAAUCCAAUAGAUUUUACUCUAUAAUAUUUUUGAUUCUUGACGAAAUUCCACUACGAUGGGCGGGCCAAUGGAGAGGAUUCAAGUAUUAGAUGACAUAGAAAAAGAUGUCCUUACAUGCUUGCAAUGUGCAGCUAAUGCCUUGCUUGAGCUAAGCAAAGAAAAGUCGAGCCAGAAGCAAGCAGAGCAGAAUACUUCACAGUUUUUGAGAACACUUGGUCAAGUGGAAACCAAGUUGAGUGACCAGAUCAAUUACCUGACUCAAGUAUCUACUGGUCAGCCACAUGAAGGGUCAGGUUACGCUUCCCAGAAAGUGCUUCAAAUGGCUUGGCACAGACUGGAGCAUGUGCGCUCGUGGGUCAAUGAGCUGGACCGCCUCAAGGCCUCUCACCUCGCUGCUGCCACCAGGACAGCAGCCGUUGUCCCUAAUGGCAAUAUGAAUGCUUCAGGAACCGGUGUAUGAUAUUAUGUUUAGAAUCAUGGUGGUGUUCUUAAUAUAUAAAAUCUCUUCUAAACUAUAUUUAAUUUUGAAUGCAAUAGUGUUUGCUGAUAAGAAUUUAGAUUUUCAACAUAGGGAAUAAAUAUAUUAUAGAAAAGUAA